AACAACAAUCUUCUGGUUGACAGGUCGACGGUAGCGGCGUUGCUGCUCAACAAACACCUUCACAUCAACGGCAUGACCCGCGGCAGUGUUAAGAUCACUGACGAUGCUCCCAGCGGCGGCCCAGGUGGCGGUCCCUGCCUCUUGAAGCCCCCGCCGCCGGCACCGCCACCGCCUCCGCCGCCGCCACCGCCACCCCCGCCGCCUCCAGGCAGCGUUCACAGCAAUGGCGUGUCGGCGUUCGAGCCCACACGUCCCCCGGCCGAGUCCUGUCUGGAACACACUGUCACUUCCCGCAUGGACCUCCCCAACAGCGACGAGUCUACACCUACGCCCUCACCUGGCAGCACGCCCACCUCUAGGCGUGGGCGUAUGGGGAUGAAGAGGCGGUUCAUGGGUGUUGGCGUGAGGAAGAGCUCGGCGAGCGUGGGGCCAGACGCCAUCAUGAAUGUGACAACAACAGGAGAAGCCAAAAAGAAACAAGCAUCACUACACAAGAUGAAGAGGGAGAGGAAGGCGGCCAAGACGCUGGGAAUCAUCGUGUCAGUGUUCUUGCUGUGUUGGCUGCCUUUCUUCACCUGGUACCUGGUGUCUGCUCUCUGUGGCCCGGCCUGUGCCGUCCCUGACACCCUCGUCACUAUCCUCUUCUGGAUAGGAUACUUCAACUCCACCCUCAACCCCAUUAUCUACGCCUACUUCAACCGGGACUUCAGGAAGGCGUUCCGCAAGACGCUGGCGCACUACGGGCUGAACUGCCGGGCGUGUCGGAGGUCGUGGCGCCCGUGUGGGCGUGGGCGGCGACUGGUGCGCUGCGUAGGCUUCCCCGGGGGGCACGACACCCCCUCCUCGGAGGUGCCCCCCAGGUCUGCUCUCAGCUCCGAGUACUGCCACAUCGAGAUGACCACCGUCGACAAAGUGGCUAAAAUAGACAUUGACCAUUAACAAAAUAGGCGUCGACCCAUUAACAAAAUUGGGUGUCGACUGGAAAAAAUAAGAGUUGGCCAUUAACAAAAUUGGCUGUAGAUCACUGCAAAAAAUAGGGGUCGACCCAUUAACAAAACUAUGUAGAUUACAAAAAAAUACGCAUCGGCAGUUAACAACAUGGGCAUCGACCAUAAAAAAUAAGUAUAGACCAAAAAUAUUCGUAAACUUUUGUAAAAUCUGGUGAUCAUUACUAAAACAAAGUCUUCAUAGUUAACAAAACAAACUGUCUACCAUUAAUAAAAUAGACAUUGGCCAUUAAUAACACAAAUGUCGAUCAUUAAAACAUACGUCGACCAUUAACAAAAUAGCCGUCGGCCGUUAGAAGAUAGUGUUUAGAGGCUCGUUGUAUAAUUCUGUUUGGUCUGGCGGGUGUUAGGCUGUAGAUCAGGAAACUAAUCAAAAUUUUGUU